GUUACAUGGACAAAAGCCGCAAUGUUCAGUAAUUGAGCCUAUUAUCGUGUUGUCACUGUCAUCAGACGUUAAGAUGUCUAAAAAUGCGAAGGGAAUAAUUAAUGAGAAACUGCAGUUUGAAGACGUGGUAAAAUUCACUGGACUUUCUAUUUGUAAAAGUAGUGGGGACAUACUAAAAGAAUCCGCAGCAUCACUCAUAUUGACAAAAGUUGACCCAAAAUCCAAACUUUCAAGUCACCUCAAGUGUUAUGAAAAUUUCAUAACGUUUUAUCCUGAAAUAUCAGUUAAUGGUGUCAAUUUGGAAGGCCGAAUUUCGCUUCAAGAGAUCCUUGGGUUCUUUGUCUCGCCAAAACACCCCAAGUCAUUGGUGAUACUUUUCCAGCACUCACCGUUUGACGACGUCACUCUGUACGGUAUGGUUUUGAGUUCUUCAUCUAAGGCUCAAAAACUAACGAGAUUGCUCGGAGAACCAAAUGAUCAACUUAAUGGUAAAGGAGAACCAAUGGGUUCAAAAGUGAAAUCGGUUACAAUUAGUCCAAAAAUUCAUAACCCGCCUAACGGAUGCUAUAAGGAAGAUAGUGGUGCGCUUGAGACCAAAGAACUACUAAAUGCACUGCCACCACCAGGAAAUAGAUAUCGUUCAGAACUUGUAUGGAAUAAAAUCACUGGUCAACAAAGCAAAGAAAAAUUUUCACAAAAUACUUCAGCCGUUCAUCCAAACGGGCGUUUAUCUCAAGAAGGAAAUCAGCCUAAGCUGGGUAAAAGAAGAAAUAAUCAUUUAAAGAGUACCUAUCUAAUGAAAAAUCACGCUGGGAUCAGUAGCAAUCAUGCACAAAGUGGACAGAAUCUAUCCAAAUCUAACAAUUUUUUUCCUGCAAGUGCAAACGGCCAUGUUUUUUCUCGACAACCUUUCGUUGGUGAUACUAGAAUCUCAGAUUAUAACAAUCAGAUGUCACGUCAAAAUACUGGCUGGAUGGUCAAUUCCGAAAGAGUAUCUGAUGAAAGUGGUCUCGAUACUCCAUUUCCAUAUAAUCCUAAUGAAAAUAUUGAAGAGUUUUCUAUUGGAUAUUAUAAUAUUGAUGAUGGUUCAGGUAUAGAUGAUAAUGAUAUUCUCCACAUAAAAAACGGCAAUGAAGUUGACACAAACGACCCUCAGGAAAAUCCUUGGGUUGAAAACAUAACUUACAUUAGCAGCAAUAAAAAUGGUAGAGCUACAAUUACUUCAGAUGGACCUGUUUAUUUGUAUGUCGCGCAACAAGUUAACCCAAGAUUUGAAAUGACGCAUUAACUGUUUAAAAUUAAGAAAGAAUGUGAAAUGAUGUACUCGGUCUUUUUAUAAUCGAAAGGAAACAAUCCAGAUGUUACUUUAUGGUCAUGAUCGCUAUGGUUAAAACACAGUUUAAACGUUGUACAUAAAACUAUAAAUGUAAAGGGUUUGAGAAAUAUAAUUAUUGAUUAUUUUAU